AUGGCUGAACUACACGUGAUCGGACAAAUUCACGGUGCCAGUGGAUUCCCCGAAAAGAGUCUAUUUUGUAAGUGGGGAGUGAACUCAGGCGGAGCAUGGCGAUUACUCGAAGGGACUCCGGAUGGACAGACACAAGUGGACUGCCCAGUUGUUGGAGAAGUUGCCCACUUUUGUCACCCAAUAGAUCUUCAUUUUGCUACUAAAGGGUUACAAGGUUGGCCCAAACUACAUUUCCAGAUUUGGCAUUACGAUUGGGUCGGACGGUAUGAUAUUUACGGAUAUGGAUUUUGUCAUUUACCCACCUCGCCUGGAUAUCAUGAAAUCGAUGUGGCUAUGUGGAGACCGGUCGGUACAGCCAUAGAUCACAUCUGUUCGACAUUUAUCGGAGGUGGACCACACUUGCGCCGGUUGGAAAUCGUCUACAAUCCCACUGAUCGUUUCUACCUGCAGACUGAGAGCAUGGGUUAUGUGCACCUCAAACUGAAUGUGAUUCUACGAAAUUUUGAUAAAUUUGGUGUAGAAAUUGAUUUCACUCUCAUGAAGUCGUGA